AUGCUGCUGCUGUGUGCACUCACAGUCAGUCGAGUUUGGUUUCGCAGCUUGAACUCGUCGUUGGACAAAGGAUAUCCGAGAUACAACGUGAAGAAUUUGAGGAAGAAAGUCAUGCUCGUGCGUUUGACGAUUUGUCUUUUGGCUGUAGCGUUAUGUUACGUCUCCGCUGCUCCAUUUUCUCCAUUGCACAAGCGUGCAGCAAGAGUCUCGGCUCGUGUGCCGUCGAGAUUUCGCCGACUGGCCAAGGACGUCGUGUUUGACGGAUGUUUUGGAGGUACACUAGGAGACGUGGUGCAGAACAGUUUCCACGAAGUCGUCGAUUACAACACGAACGCCAUCUGCUCGGACAAGUGCAAGGAAUUGGGCUCGGCAGUCGCAUUCAGCCGCAACUCGUCUUGUUAUUGUGGCGAUGAUUAUCCUCUUCCAGUCCUAGAACAGCCGGACAAUAUCAAUGCUACAGGUCUGCAUGGCAACUGCAGCUACUGGUGCCCUGGAGCACUAAGCGACAACAGAUCAAAAAGCUGCAGCGGUGAAUAUUGUUGUGGGGGACCUUCCGCCUAUUCUGUGUAUCUCGUGGGAGAAACUGAUGUUUUGAGAAUUCUUGUGCAGCGCGUCAUGUCAAACCUUGUCAAGAAUAACUACACAAUAGCUAAAGAACUUAUCAAAACGGCCAAGGAUAAGAACGUUGGACUUAAUAAGCAAGCGCUCCAAAGCUCGAUAUAUAAAGAUCACGACGCAAGAAACGCCAACGAUGGAGAUCUCAACACUUUCUCUCACACAAACCACGACGAUAAACCAUGGUUGAUAUUCGACUUGGGAGCCGACUACGAGGUGGCGUACGUUGUUGUUCAAAAUCGCCGAGAUAAUUGCUGCUUAAAAAGGCUUCGAAACUUUUAUGUCCAAGCGCUCGAUAUUAACGCAAGAAGCGUUUACACUUGGCCGGAAACGGCCGGUGGAACGGAUACGUACACUUACAACAAAACCCUUCCUGCCGGAACACGUUUGAAGGCCGUUAGAUACAUUCAAAUUUGGAUGACGGUUAGUGAAAAUCUACAUCUAGCUGAGCUUGAAGUGUGGGGUACUCGAGACAAUGUCGCUAACGAACUGGUCAACCUUGCUGUGUUCAAGUCGGCAGACCAAAGCAGUACACGAGGCGACACUUAUCUUCAGUUAGGAGCCGCGAAAGCCAUCGACGGUUUCCUAGAAGGAAACUUGGACUUGGGAUCUGUCACGCACACCGACGAAGAUGAAUCUCCGUGGUGGAAAGUCAAUCUCGGCGCCAUGUACGAAAUCAACAGCGUUGUAUUAUGGAACCGUAUCGAGUACGAAGACAGACUGAAGUCACAAAACAUCGAGAUCAGUUUAUAUGACGACGAAGACCGUGAAGUGACAUUCAACAACAAAACCGAUUACAGAGUUACUGCACGGACCGUCGGAGCCAGAAUAUUUCAAGUGAACUUUACCAAACCACAAUGGGCUCAAUACGUGAAAGUCUCUCAGAAUAUCAAACAGUUUUUGAGUCUCGCCGAAGUGCAAGUGAUCGGUAGCGGUCCGACGCUCGUUAACGUCGCCAUCCAAAAGCCCGCCACACAGAGCUCGACUCUCUACAGCGCCGACGCGUCGCGCGGUAACGACAACAAUAUCUACAACAGACUGAACGGACAUAGUGUCACACACACAGACGACGACAUCAAAUCGUAUUGGAAAGUCGAUCUGCUGGUGCCGACGACCGUUCAUAAGGUUUAUCUCUGGAAUCGAGGUGACUGUUGUCAAGAUCGCUUGAGGCUCUUUACCGUCAUGUUUUUGGGUGUCGACGGUAAACCGGUACGCGACAACAUCGACGAGAAUUCCAAUCACAAUCAAUUGACUUUCUUUUACGACAUCGACCCGCCGGCUAAAGGUGUGCGUUACGUGCAGAUCGAACAAGUCAACAGACAAAUUCUCUCUUUGACCGAAGUUCAAGUCAUUUCCGACGCUAAACCUGCUUUGGAAGUGAGACUUGCCGGUCAGACGGCGACGAGCAAGGGAGACGGAGCUAUCAGCGAGUGCGUGAUCGCAGCCGACGGCAACUACUCGGCGUACAGUUGUCAGAACGCCAACGUUUCGACCGUCGCCUUUCCCGUCUCCGAAAUCGCAAAGAAAGAUCAAUUCGACAGUCCGAUCCAAGAGACGCCACUGAAAACGUACGACGUCGUUCUCGACAACAAACAAGGAACAGAAGAGCAAACGCUCGUUAAGACGUACACCGUCGCCAAAUCUGCAGCGAGCACUUGGAACGUGGAAGCUGGAGUGUCGGUCAGUGUAAAGUACAGUAACACGGCGACGGUCAAAGUCGGCAUGGUGUUCGAGCAGUCGGUAAGCUUUGGUCUUACUUUGGGUUUUUCGUUUACAUUUGGAUACAGCAAGACGAGCACCGAGUCGGAAACCGAUUCUUUACAAAUCCGACUCGAGGCACCGGCCGGAGGGAACGCAUCCGCAACGUUUGUACAACAGUUGGUGCCGAGACGAGUGAGAUGGAAGGCGACGUUUGCGACGCGAGGCCACGUCGGCGUCAUGUUUCAAGAGGAGACCGUCAACGACGUCGAUUUAGCGCGCGUACUGACAGAAGAACAGCGCAGCAUUUACGGAUUUGGCGUCAUCGACUAUGGGGAGCGUCCGGUCGUCAUCGCGCGCGUUAGUUCGUAUAGACCGGCGGAAGGAAGAGAAGAUGAACACACAAUCAGACAGCCAGGGGAGAUGAGAGGCCCAAACUCUUUCCAGAGUAAAAGCUUCGACAAGAAAGACGAUGACUUGAAAAACGAUUAGUAGUUCGUUCUAGAGUGUGUGAUGUGAAAGACGGAUGGACAAAAGUAUCUAGCAAUUAUACAGAUUGGUGGGUAGAUGAACGUUUGUUUGUGAUGAGUUCGUCGAUGAUUAGAAUCCUAGAAAGUUGUCUGUGCGAUGAUGUGAAUUAAAUGUUGGUAAAAUUCCAACUUGAA